AUGAGGCCACCCCAAAGUUUCGCGGCGCUGCUGUUGAUUGCGCGAUUUGCCGCCUUGGUUGAUUGUCGAAACCCGUGGGAGAAUGCGUUUGAACGAAGAGUUACAAUUCCAGCACCAGUUUCUGUCGCAGCAGCCCAGAAUUGGGAUGGCAACGACGGUACAUGGUCUUCUUUUGCUUUUCAAGUUGGUACGCCGGCUCAAAUCGUGAGGCUCCUCAUUUCUACCGCGCUUCACCAAACCGCUGUAGUGGUGCCUGAAGGAUGUGUAUCGACGGACCCCUCGGAUUGCGCAAACCUGCGCGGUGGUCUCUUCCUCAGGAAUGAUUCAUCGACAUUCGAAAAGAAUCUCGCGAAUCUAUCCACCACCAUUUAUCCACUGACCUUGGGUGAUAACACUGAAUUGGGAUACACCGGAAAGGCGACACUUGGUUUCGAUGAUAUUACACUCGGAUGGCAAGGUGCUGGUGGACCAACUUUGAAAAACCAGACCGUAGCAGGUAUCGCAGCGAAGGACUCAUAUCUUGGACUUUUCGGUUUAACUCCAAGAGCCAGUAAUUUCACGAGCUUCAACGACCCGAUACCGAGUUUUCUUCAAAAUAUGCGAAAUCAAUCUCUAAUACCAAGUCUGGCUUGGGCUUACACUGCCGGAAAUCAAUAUCGUCUCAACCAGGUUCUUGGCAGUCUGACCUUAGGUGGUUAUGAUGCGUCGAGAUUCGUUGCUAACGGUAUGACUUGGUCUUUUAAUUCGCAGGAUGUACGCGACCUUACAGUCCAGAUAACUGCAAUCACGACGAGUAAUUCAAGCGGCGAGAUUUCACUUUUAUCCAAAGCCACACCAGCGUUUUUAGACUCGGGACUUCCAUAUAUUUGGCUCCCUGAAGAGUCUUGUAUAUUAUUCGAGAACGCAUUCAACUUGACAUAUAACGAAACCACCAAUCUCUAUCCAGUCACCGAUGCUCAACAUAAAGCGCUCGUCGCCCAAAACCCAAGCAUCACAUUUACACUUGGAAAUUUGACGGCCGGCUUUUCAACAAAUAUCUCCUUACCUUACGCAGCUUUCGAUCUUAUUGGAUCGUAUCCAAUUUUUCCUGUCAAAACUAAAUAUUUUCCGUUAAGAAGAGCAGCGAAUGCUACACAGGUUACGCUUGGACGAACCUUUUUCCAAGAGGCCUAUGUCAUUGCGGAUUACGAUCGUGGGAACUUUUCGGUCUCACAGUGUAAGUGGGAAGCAAAUUCUCAACAAGCAAUUGUUCCUAUUCUAGCACCAGCACUUCUCGCUGAAGUUUCUUCGAAUCCGAGUGCAGGAUCAGGUACCGCAGCGAACGGUACAACUACAAAUGAAGAAUCAAAGCCUACAUCUGCGCCUAUUGGCGCAAUAGUCGGGGGCGUAAUAGGCGGUAUCGUCGCCUUAGCAGUAGGGGUAUACCUCCUAUACCAUUUCUGCAUCAAACCACGCAGACACGCUGCUGAAGCCGAAACCGCUGCAACGGCUGCAGCUGUCGCUGCCAACGCCACGAAGAAGGAAUCUCCUGCCACCCCAGCAGUCGAAGCCAACUCUGAAUUUUUCAAGCCCGAACUCGCGGGUGAAGUCCCAGAGCGAAACGAAGUCGAUGGAGGGAAGAACCAAUGGCAUCAGGAAGUCGACGGCGGAAAGAAUACAUGGCAUUCCGAAGUUGACGGUGGAAAGAACCAGUGGCACGCUGAAGUCGAUGGUGGAAAGAACCAGUGGCAUGUCGAAGCUGAUGGACGACCAGUCGAGAUUUACGAGAUGCCAGCAGAGGAAGUAGCAUCAGAAUUACGAGGCGAAGGCGGCGUACCGGAGGUUAUGGGGAGCACAACACAUCCUCGGAGACAAUUCUCAUACAUGCAGACACCGAUUCACAUGUCACGAAAUCCGAACGCAAGGUGGAGCUGGAUCACCAGUCCUGGCGGCGAAACGCUACGAGACAGCGAGAUUGGCAGUCCCAGCACGACAGUUGGCGGAACAAUGAGUUCACAAGAUAUGAGUCCACAGUCCCAAGCCGCGACGUUGAGUUCGCAGGGCCCGAGUCCGCAAUCUCAGAACGCAACGCUGAGUUCACAUAACAUGAGUCCCGAGAGUCAGAAUGCUGCGCUAAGUCCGCAGAGUACGGGUACGAUUAGUCCGCAGAGUGCGAGAACCCCAAAUCGGGAUCUUAGAGAUGCGAUUGUUAGUCCUCAGAGCGAGACUACGCCGUUUAUGAGUGGCAGGUUUUAG